AUGGCCGUGAACGGAUUUCGGAUAGUAACUAUCUGUCCAUGCGCUCCCGCUGCCCCUCCUCCUCCACCAGCGGCCCUCCCGUGCGCGCACUUGUCGUCACCUCGCAUUUCCGGCAUCCGCUUGUGUAGGGCACAAAUCGGUAGCGGCGGCGCCAGGGACUGUACAAGCCGCUCCCGAUCGAGCCGCAGACGCGCCGCGAUCGUCGCUGGGGCCGCUGCGAAUCGGGUGGGCGGGCAGGGCGGCGGCGAAAGCUUCGAUAACAAUAGCAAUGCCGACGAACCGCUUAGCGCAGAGCGAGGCGGCGCGGGCGGAGGCAAUGCGGAGCGCCUCGAGGAUCUAGAGGCCGUGGAUCGCCUCGCGCAAGAGCUGGCCGCCGCCGCAGGCGCCGCGGGAGCAGCGGGAGCAGCGGGAGCGGAGUCGGGAACUUCCGACCGGCGCUGCGCGGCGCAUGAGGCGGAGGAGACGGAAGCGGAGGCGGAGGAGCAACAAGGGCGGAGGGGCGCGCGGGGGGAGGGGGAUGAUGCGGCAGCGGCGGCAGCGUGGAUCGGGUCGAGUGUGGCGUUUGCGGAGGAGGACGAGCAGGGGCGCAAGUACCUCGAGGUGCUGGUUACCAGCGUGCACCGCGUCGACCACGGCAUGGUGGUGGGGGUGCUGUGCUCACCGGCCAACAGGGGACCACCGGUGGACGCGUGUCGGGAGUUCCCUCUCUUCCUCAACGACCUCAUAGCCGGGCCCUGCCACGACGCCAUGCAGCGCGGGGGGCUCCCCAAUGCGUUGGAGGGGCUAGAGAGGCUCAGCGACAUGGACUUGCAGCGAACGCUGGUGCAUGCUAUUAACGAGGAUAUAGGGGCAGUGUCGUUCGUGCUACUGGAUGAGAAGACCGGGGAGUUCUCACGAGUGGACUCCUCCUUCCCGCAGGCCAUGGCACUGGCGCUGCGAUACCGGCAGCCGCUGCGAGUGGAGCGGUGGUGCAUCCUAGCGUCUAACCGCGACUUCAUUGAACGCAUGCUGCUCAACCCCAUCGCACGGGAGGCGGAGAACGACGCAUCGCUGCUGGCAGAUCUGGCGCGGCGCAUGCGAGAGCUAGAGAUGAGGCCGCAGGAGCUCAAGACCCAGCUAGACGCUGCUAUCAACGCCGAAGAGUAUGAGAGAGCAGCGCAGCUCAAGUCGGCGCUGGUGGCGGAGGAGAGAGUGGCAGAUGCAAGGCUCUUCUCCCUUCUCGCAGAGGUCAGGCGCCUCUACCUCGAUCGCCUCUCUGUCUUCUUCAAGCUCUAG